AUGUCCAUCUCUAACAUCGUAUUUUUCGACGAAAUCGCCUCAAGGCACGACAUCAUGAGCGACGAACCAGUGGAGCUCACCAACCUUGCAGCGUCCAAGGUUGACACCCCACCAGAGGAUGCCACACCACCCGUUCAAUACCCGCGUGGUAUCCGCUUGGCUUUGAUAACUGUCGGCCUCGCCCUCUCCAUCUUUCUCGCUGCUUUGGAUUCAACAAUCAUCGCUACCGCGAUCCCGAGUAUCACCACGCAAUUCCGUAGCAUCAGCAGCCUGGCCUGGUAUGGCUCGUCCUACGCUAUCACCAACACCGCAUUUCAAUCUGCAUGGGGCAAAGCCUACCAGUAUUUCAGCCUCAAAGCCACCUUCAUGUCUGCAAUUGCGGUGUUUGAAAUUGGCAAUGUGAUAUGCGCAACAGCACCAACAAGCGAGGUUUUGAUCUUCGGGAGGAUCGUGUCUGGCAUGGGCGGUGGCGGAGUGAUGACGGGUGCGUUCAUCAUCGUCGCAAUGACAGCUGGACCACAAUAUAGAGCCGCCUAUAUGGGUGUGUUUGGUGUGACGUUUGGAUCUGCGAGCGUCGUGGGACCAUUAUUGGGUGGCAUUUUGACAGACGGCCCUGGAUGGAGAUAUUGCUUUUGGUACGUGAACCCCGAUCUGUGUUUUGGCAGCUUUGCCGUCUACAACACACUCUCCACCAAAUGCUUUUCGAUCAGCCUACCGAUCGGCUUCGCUGCCGCGCUCACGAUGUUCCUCUGCUUCCAUGACCCAGGAAAGCCCAAGGAUGUACCUCUCCGCGAGAAGCUUCUGAACUUGGAUCUCAACGGCGCCAUCUUGCUAUCCGGAUGCUUCUCUUGCUUCAUCCUAGCCACGCAUUGGAUUGGCAUCAUGCCUCCGACUAGUGCUCGUAUCAUUGGCAGCUUUAUCGGUUUCGUAGGCCUUUUCAUCUGCUUCGCGAUCAACGAACGCUAUAUGGGAAGCUGCGCAAUGGUACAAGCUCGCGUGUUUAAGAACAAACUCGUCUUCGCCAAUCUACUAUAUGCUUCCUUCAUAGCGGGCGCCUUUUUCCCACUCAUGUAUACACUGCCAAUCCAGUUCCAAUCCGUCAACAACAACACGGCUUCGCAGAGUGGUGUCCGACUCAUUCCACUCGUCAUGGGCGUCUCACUCUUCACCAUGAUAUCUAAUGGAACGCUCACCUUCUGGCGCCAUUACAAGCCCUUUUUCUUAGUGGGCGCAAUUCUGGCAGUAGCUGGAAACGUAAAGAUACACUCCUUGGAUGCCAGCACACCGACCAGGGACUGGGUCGGCUUCGAGCUCUUGACAGCCACGGGAGUAGGCCUCGCUCUUCAGAUCCCGAUGAUUGCGAACCAAGCCCUCGUUUCUGCUGACGACUUGGCCGCUGUAACAUCGAUGUCGCUCUUCAUGGAGAAUACUGGCACUGUCUUUUCUGUCGCAUCGAGUGAAGCGGCAUUCACGAACGGACUGCUUUCAAGCCUCGCCCGCAACCUGCCCGAACUGGACGCGAAGGAGAUAAUGGAUGCUGGCGCGACGCAGAUCCGCGGGCUAUUCUCGGGUCAUGAGCUUGAUCAGGUAUUGAAAGGGCCCUCUACCAUUCUCUUCGCCUUUGGCGUCUUCGCGCAGGUCGCGUUGCUUGCCUGCAUCUUCUGGACUUACACUAGCUAUGGCAACCCCCGUGAGCCGACCGCCUUAGCGGAAACCACAACUAAGACAUCAUCAAGACCAAACGGCUUCACUCUGCGCCACCUUUUGGAUCACGGCGCUGGACAACCUGGGCCACGAGCACGAAGAUUUGAUGUGACUCCAGAGCGGUUUGCCGUUGCUGGUAUCGACUCCCGCAUCGGGCCCUUCACUAUCAAGUCGGCACCAGUCAAGAUAGAAAGGCCCGCGUUACGUGGCUACGAUGCACAGAUCCCCAUGUCGCCCAUGUGGAUCGCCGAGGAUAUUCCGGGUCCGGAUGUCACGGACAAGAACACCGUUAUCAGUUUCGCAAACAUGUCCGAAGAUGCUUACAAAGUCGGCCCUGACGACGCAGGAUGGAUGGACGUCGAUGGGCAUUACAACUCGUCGGUCCCUUUUGGCUGGGAUGACAGUGGCAUCCGAGGCCAUGUGUUCAGCGACGACACUAACUCCACCAUCAUUCUGGCGGUAAAGGGAACGACGGUAGCCAUGUUCGAAGGCGACGGAACGUCCGUGCACGACAAAGAGAACGACAACCUGUACGGCUCUUGCUGUUGCGGACAGGGCGGCACAUAUCUUUGGCGCAAGGUAUGCGACUGCCAGACUGGCACCUACAGCUGCGACGAGCAAUGCGUCAAGAACGAGUUACGGAAGCCGAACAGGUACUAUGCCGCGACUGUCGAGCUGUAUCAAGAGGUUGUCAAAAUCUAUCCGGAUGCACACAUCAUGACGACAGGGCACAGUCUAGGAGGCGUCCUCGCUUCUCUGAUCGGCCUGCAGCACGGUAUCCCCGCGGUGACCUUUGAAGCAUACCCACAAGCCUUAGCAGCUAAGCGCUUAGGACUACCAGCUGCUGGUGACGUUGCUCCACUCAGGAAGAAUACAGGUGGCUUCCAUUUCGGGCACACCGCUGACCCCGUGUACAUGGGAACUUGCAACGGUGCGACGAGUUUCUGCUCUAUUGGCGGAUACGCCUUUGAGACCCUUUGCCAUACCGGAAAGAAAUGUGCAUACGACGUGGUCAAGGACUGGGGUUGGAGGCAGAACACACAGACACACAGCCUUAGAUACGCCAUUGACAAUGUGUACAUGAAGUACGACGAGGCAGCAAAAUGCCAAGAAGAGGAUGUUGGUUGUGUCGAUUGCUACCUAUGGAAGUUCGAGAACGGGACGAAAACCACGACAACGAGUACUUCUACAACACCAACAAGUACCACAUCAUCGAGGACGCGGACGGAGACAUGUAAGACGCCUGGGUGGUGGGGAUGUCGUGAUGAGACUACUACGAUGGUAUCAACUACAUCGUCCAGCGUAUCAAGUACUGCAACUAGCACAAGUACAAGUACCUGUCAAACAGUGAGUUCCAGAACCUCAAAACAGUGCGAACAUGACUAA